UCCUCUGCUCUAACUGUAUAUAAGAAAAGCUCCACAUUCAGAGCAACACUAACAACCUCCUCGACCGUCUGCGAGACAAUCUGCUGAAGUUGUGAAGACUUGAAGGUGUGAUCACUGUAACCAUGCUGAAGGUAGUAUUUGUACUUGCAUGCCUCCUGAGCUUCGCUCUGGCUCAGCCUGUGGACAUGGAGCAAAAACGACUUGCUCGGUCACACUCUGGCUCUCACCACAGCUCACAUUCCAAUGAGCGCACCCGGACACCUACGGUGACUAUCCCGUCUACGGUGACUAUCCCACAGUGGGUCAUGGACUUACUUGCCCUCCUCCAACAAGCUACUACUGCAGCACUUGCUACUACUACUACUACUGCAGCAGCUACUACUACUACUACUACUACUACAAAAUAAAAUCUGGAAUAUAACCAGAGAUCAAUAAGUGAAUCAAAACCUUUU